AUGACAUUCUUGAUUGACUUCAGGAAGAAAAAGCGACCUCGUCAAGGAUCAGCACGUCCUACGAAAGACAGUCAAAGAAGAACUGGUGAGUUCCCAAUUUUAGAAAAAAGUUUUAAAUCUGCAAAAAAAGAUUAAAAAAUGUUAUAUUUACCCUAAUUUUUGCGAAAAAGUAGUCUAAAACACUAAAAAUGUCAUUACCAACACAGAUCUUCACUAUAUGGUGCGAUUUAACCACCCUUGACAAUCGUGCCUCAUUGGCUCAGGGGCAGAGCGUCUGUCUAGUAAACAGAAGGUCGCUGGUUCGAUUCCAGCAUGAGGCAGCUUUUUUUUUCAAUAGUUUUUUUGUUUUAUUUAAUGUAAAAAGUAUAAUGGACUGUAUAAUUCGUAUUUUACUUUUAUUUUUAUUAUAAAAUUUUAAAAACAUAAAGGUAUUUUUAUCAAAAACAGCGAAAAAUUAAGAAAAAUCGAGACUUUUUUCUAUUUUUAGAGUUUUUUGCAGUUUUAAAUAGCCUUUUUUGAUUUCCAGCUCAAAACGACAAGAAACCGCCAUCGUCCAAGCCCGGCUCGAGGAAAGACAAGAAUUCGCCGGACAAAAGCGAAAAGAAGGUGUUGUUGCCAAAGAAGAAGAAGAGCGGCUCUAGGAUCAUGCGAAACUCAAAAGCCCCGGAUUCUGAAGCGAAUGUGAAAGGAAUGCAAUCGGAAAAGGAACUGGUAAGCUGGGUUUUGGCAGUUUCAACUGAAAAUUUAAAAAUUUUUCUUGAACUUAGGCUUAAAAAUGGUACAAAUUACGUUUUUAUAAAAGUUUUGGCACUUUUUAAACAACGCCAUUCUUUUUGUAUCAGCCAAAAAACUAUGCGCCAUUCUUUUUGCAUCAGCAAAAAACUCAAAUUUUCAAACAAAAUUUUUUUAAUUUUCUGAAAUUUAGUUAAUUUAAGCCUAAAAAACAUUAAUAUUAAUCUAAAAAUAAAAAAUGUUGUGUCAAAAACUACUUUUUACUAUGUAAAACUACCAUUUCCCCCAUUCAGAGAGCCCUAUUUGGUCCAUGUCACUCCGUGCAGCGAUGUCCGAGUGGUUAAGGAGAUGGACUUGAAAUCCAUUGGGCUUUGCCCGCGCAGGUUCGAACCCUGCUCGCUGCGACUGCCUUUUUGGCCUUCCUUAUGUUAAUUUUGAUUAAUUUUUAAUUAAAUUUUAGUAAACUGUUAAAAGAUAUUACUUUAUUUUUAGUUUUUUAUAAACAUUUUGGUGUUUUACUCAUUAAAAAUAGCAUAAAAAGCCAGUUUUUAAGUAUACUAUUGUAAAAUUUCAGCCAGAACCAAAACCGAGGAAAGAAACUGAAGUACUAGAACCAUCGGGAGCACAAAAAUCUAUGGCCCAACUUCCAUCACUAUUCCAACGACCGUCUGUUGUGGCAGCUCCCGAACAAUCAGCAGUAACAGGUAAGGUCAGCAUUGCUUUUCAUGGUUUAUGUAAUUUGAAAUGUCACGAUUAAUAUAAAGUUAACUUAAAUUUUUGACUUAAAUAAUUGUCAUGUGUUGAAGAAAAAAUUUAAGUUUAUACUAGAACGAUAAAAAGUUUGAUUUGAAAGAAAAAAUUUCAUUUUUCAGAAAAAGUGCACCAAUACCUACAAGAGAAGAGUAAUAUGGAAGCAGACAAUGAAGAUGUCCCAGACCCACAGAAUCAACUAGUCGAUGUCAAAGAGGGAAAGUGUAUUGAGCUAAGGAAUGAGAGAACACAAGCUUUGAAAGGGUAAAACUUUUUGAUUUGGGGCUGAUAAGCGGUUUUAAGAAUUUGCACGGUGCAGUCGCUUUAUAGUCAAUCCGAGGACUUUUCAAAAGGGUUGAAAUUUGAAAAAAUUGAAAAAUAGUGUCGACAAGACUAGUAAAAGCCUAAAAUUUAAUUUUUUUAAAAUCAGUCCGAAAACUUUUAAAUUUACGUAAUUUUUUUGGUCUGCACGGUGCAAUAGCUUUAAAGUGUGUUCGAGGACUUUUGAAAAGGUUUAAAAUUUGAAAAAGUGAGAAAAUAGCCUUCGUAGGCCUAGGAGAAGCUAAAACUUAAUUUUUUUAAAAGUAAUCCGAGAAUUUUUGAAAUUACGUAAUCUUUUUUGGUUUGCACGGUGCAAUAGCUUUAAAGUGUGUCCGAGAACUUUUGAAACCGGUUCAUUUUUGAAAACGUUGAAAAUAGCGUUGGUAGGUCUAGGAGAAGCAUAAAUUUCAAUUUUUUAAAAUUUGUCCGAGAACUUUUGAAGUUACGUAAUCUUUUUUGGUCUGCACGGUGCAAUAACUUGAAAGCCUGUACCAGGACUUUUGAAAAAUUUUAAAAUAGCGUUGAUAGGCCUUCAAGAAUUCAAAAUUCAAUUUUUUUAAAUUUGUUUGAAAAAUUUUGAAAUUACGUAAUUUUUUUUGGUUUGCACGGUGCAGUCUCUAAAACCAAAUGAGUUGCACCGUGCAAACUGUCAGAAAUCCUUUAUAAAUUGAAGGAAUACAUUUUUGUGUACUACAGUAACUUUGACCAUUACUUUUAGAGCCCAUUUAAUAAAAGGUGACAUGAGGGGCGAGUACGGCCGAGUAAAUGUGGAGAUACUGAAUGAAGAAGGCGAACCAGAUGGACAAGGGCAUUAUCAGUUGUUGUAUGAACAUGAUAACGCUGCGUUUAAACGAUUAAGGGUAGGUUUGGGUAGUUUUUGUUUGUAAAGAAAGUUUUUGCCAUUUUUAGUUUUGUAAAGAAAGUUUGUGCCAUAUUUUGUUAUGUAAAGAAAGUUAUUGCUGUUUUUUGUUUUGCAAGUAAAGUUAUUGCCAUUUUAAACAAAAGCCAACACAAUUAGAGUUCUGCAGCCUGCGGUGGACAUGUUAUACGAAGAGUUGUUUUAAGCCAUUUUUUCGUCUGUAAAGAAAGUUCUUGCUAUAUAUUGUUUCGUAAAGAAAGUUCUUGCCAUUUUUGUUUUGUAAAGAAAGUUCCUGCCAUGCUUCGUCUUGUAAACAAAGUCUUUGCCGUUUCAGAACGAAUGCAUGGUACUAACGUUGGGCGUGGCGUCUCAACAGAACUGUUUCCAACGUCUCUUCCUUCGCGGAAUCAUCGAAGAUACCACCUUCAACUACGUCCUACUCGAAGGUCUGGGUACCAGUCUGCCAAAUGUCGUAAACACCUACUACAACGGUGUCCUAUGCCAACCCGACGCCUGUCGGCUAGCCCUAAUGACAUUGGAGUGUGUGAAGGCGGUUCACCGUGCCUCGUGCGUUCACCGUGACGUGAAGCCGAGCGUGUUCUUCUUUGGUUCUGGUCGAUUAAAGUGCAAGUUGUACAUUACAAACCUAGGCCUAAGCUACGUUUAUCGAUCGCCGAGGACGUUGGAACCGUUGUGAGUUGAGGGAGGGGUAAACAUGUAGUAGGGGGUGGUUUUUAUGGUAGUAGGGAAGGGUAAUAUUUGGCAAAAGGACGAUUAAAAAUGGCAUUUCGGGGUCAUUUUGAGUACCAUGUUUGGGUCAUUCUGGGUAUGGAGGGUAGGGGGGAAAAAUUUUAAUUUUUUUUAUUUACAGUAAGCCCAGAGAAACAGUACCCUUCAUGGGGAGCCUAAAAUACGCACCACGCCGAAGUCACCAACGAAAAGAACGCUACCCCAUCGACGACAUUGAGAGCUGGUACUACAUGAUAUCCGAAUUCUACGAACCCACAAUAUUACCAUGGUCAUCAACAACGAAAUCAGGCAUUCUCGACCAGAAAACCGACUUUCUACUAACGGAGAACGUGAAACAACUGGUCGAAAGAGAGAAACUACCCAAGUUCUUUGUCAAGCUAAGGGAAACUGUGGAGUUGGACCCCAAAAACCCGUACGAUCAAGUGUCAUACAAGGCGAUAAGGGACGUGCUUCAUGAGGAAUUGAAGUCGGAGAAAGUUGUAAGGGUUUUUGAUCUAAACCAAUAUAAAGAAGGCAGUUUAUGGCCAGAAAAAGACUAAAUAACCUUGAAAAACAGAUGGAUAACAUGAAAUUUGAUUUGAAAUUCUCCUUGUAGGGUCUCCUAACAUUCAUGAACGAAGAAGGCGAGUACAACAACAAGGCCCAAGCCUCCAGCAACAACACAUCAAACCGCCAAAAGAAUUCGUCAACUAAAGAGAAGAAAGAAGCCCCAACAGCGGCCAGUCCAGAGCAUGACGACGAUAUGGACAAACCUCCAAUGCAAGCAUGGGGAAACAAGAGAUGA